UUUUUUUUCCCCCUGGUGUUUUUUUUUUUUCCUCCUCCUCCUCUCGGUGUGGACACCUUAAAAAUACAUAUAUAUAUAUAUCUAUUAUCGAUAACUCUACGCGUGUACACACACACACUCACACGGGCAGGGAUGUGCGCGUAUAUACACGCGGCGGUAUAAAACACACGGGAGGAGGAGAGACAAUCCAGGGUGAAUUCCUCGUGCCUCCAUUCCCUGGGAAAGGGGGGAGCAGCCGCUCGCAAGCAUCACCCUUCUGUGGCAAGAGGCACCCGAAAGGAAAACAAACUUCUGCAUAUCAAUGCACUGCCAAUGGUGGUGUAAUACCAAGGGCUGUACUGCUGCCACAUCACAAUUUUGUGGGGUUUCAGAGAGUAGUUCUGGGUUGUGUCCUUUGUUGUGACCUCAUGGUUUAACUGGGAAUAAAGAUGAGUAUAAGCAGUGAUGAGGUUAACUUCCUGGUAUAUAGAUACUUGCAAGAGUCAGGGUUUUCCCAUUCAGCAUUUACCUUUGGUAUAGAGAGCCAUAUCAGCCAGUCUAAUAUAAAUGGUGCUCUGGUGCCACCAGCUGCUUUGAUUUCCAUCAUCCAGAAAGGUCUGCAGUAUGUAGAGGCAGAAGUCAGUAUUAAUGAGGAUGGUACCUUGUUUGAUGGUAGGCCGAUAGAGUCUCUCUCACUGAUAGAUGCAGUGAUGCCUGAUGUGGUACAGACAAGACAACAGGCCUACAGAGACAAACUUGCACAACAGCAGGCAGCAGCUGCUGCAGCUGCAGCCGCCACCAACCAACAGGGAUCAGCGAAAAAUGGAGAAAAUACUGCAAAUGGAGAGGAGAAUGGAGCACACACUAUAGCAAAUAAUCACACGGAUAUGAUGGAAGUAGAUGGAGAUGUGGAAAUCCCUCCCAACAAGGCAGUGGUGCUGCGUGGCCACGAAUCCGAAGUGUUCAUCUGUGCCUGGAAUCCCGUUAGUGACCUUUUGGCCUCAGGCUCUGGCGAUUCGACAGCGCGGAUAUGGAACCUCAGUGAGAACAGCACGAGCGGCUCCACGCAGCUGGUGCUCCGGCACUGCAUCCGGGAAGGGGGGCAGGAUGUGCCCAGCAACAAGGACGUGACAUCGCUGGAUUGGAACAGUGAAGGUACACUUCUAGCAACUGGGUCUUAUGAUGGCUUUGCAAGGAUAUGGACUAAAGAUGGUAAUCUUGCCAGCACCUUAGGGCAACAUAAAGGUCCUAUAUUUGCGUUAAAAUGGAACAAGAAAGGAAACUUCAUUUUAAGUGCAGGAGUGGACAAGACCACAAUUAUUUGGGAUGCCCACACUGGCGAAGCCAAGCAGCAGUUUCCAUUUCAUUCUGCACCAGCAUUAGAUGUUGAUUGGCAGAGUAACAACACAUUUGCCUCUUGCAGUACAGACAUGUGUAUUCACGUUUGUAAACUAGGACAAGAUAGGCCCAUCAAAACCUUCCAGGGUCACACAAAUGAAGUAAAUGCAAUCAAAUGGGAUCCAACUGGUAAUCUGCUGGCAUCCUGCUCUGAUGACAUGACUCUAAAGAUCUGGAGUAUGAAACAAGACAGUUGUGUCCAUGAUUUACAAGCACACAACAAAGAAAUUUAUACUAUCAAAUGGAGUCCUACAGGACCAGGAACAAAUAAUCCAAAUGCCAAUCUUAUGUUAGCAAGUGCAUCCUUUGAUUCUACUGUUAGGUUAUGGGAUGUAGACAGAGGAAUUUGUAUUCAUACUCUGACAAAACAUCAAGAACCUGUGUACAGUGUAGCUUUCAGUCCUGAUGGCAGGUACCUGGCCAGUGGCUCCUUUGAUAAAUGUGUACACAUCUGGAAUACACAGACAGGUGCCCUAGUUCACAGUUAUCGGGGAACAGGAGGGAUUUUUGAGGUUUGCUGGAAUGCAGCAGGAGACAAAGUUGGAGCAAGUGCUUCAGAUGGUUCAGUUUGUGUAUUAGACCUCCGGAAAUAGCGCUCUUAGUUGGAAGCCAUGGACCGACUAUGAAUGUGUACAUAGCCAAAAUGACUGUCCCUGACCCAUGUACUGCUAUAGUCCCAAUCGAACCAUGGCCAGUCCACUACAGCCAAAUGUAAAAGAAAUAUAUACAUAUACUGUAUAUAAAAAAAGAAAAAAAGGAGAAAAGAAAAAAAAAAAAAAAAAAGAGGAGAAAAAAAAAAAAUUACACCCUGAAGAGGAUGACAGAGUUUUGUCACAGCUUGUGAAUCCUGUUCACCAAGUGCUGGAAUCUGCUGUGCCCCAAAAUAACAUUUAAAGGUUUUGGAUAUGAAAAACAGAAGAGCACGAGAGAGAGAGAGAGAGAAAUAUACCAUAUACAAGAGCAGACCCAUAUACAUACCAAAAUCAGAAGAUACUAAUGGCAGCCUUCAUUACCCCUUCCCCCAUGAAAUCCAUUCUCACGUGGAUUAUGGGGUAUUUUUGUUUUCCUUCUCAGUAGUUGAGCAGUUUGUGUGUACAGAGAAAAUGGACUUAACAGAAAUCUGCAGCAGUAGGUUUUUUUUCUUUGCUUUUAAACAUUGGGUUUUCUGUUUUGUUUUGGUUAAAUUUAUGGAUGCAUGAAGUAAGGGAGUGAUUUAGUUUCUUGUUUAUAUUUUUUCACCUUGGGAAAAAAAAAAAAAAAAGAGUUUCUUUGAAAAAUGUUUCGAUGAAUCCUUUGAAGAGGUAGUUUGAACCUGGUAAUACUUGGUACAUUUUGUGGCUCCCAGAGCACAAUUUUGUGAACAGAGGGAGGGUGGAAAAGGGAUUAGGGAGAGAGAAGAAAAAAAAAAAAAUCCUUCUUUGCAGCGUGAUAUUUCACAUCCUCAUCUACAAAGUAGGAUGGAAAUGGGUAUUGUGCUAUGUUUGACUUUUUGGUGACAUGGCUGGAAUGCAGUAAUUUCUUAUUUGGGACAUAAUUCUGCCAAACUUAAGAACAGAAGGGCACAAAAACACAGGAAAAAAACCUAAAACAAACAGGGAUGCAAAAAAAAAAAAAAAAGAAAAAGAGAAAAAAAAAGAGGAAAAACGCAUCUUCUGUUGCUUUAAGACCAUAGCUAAAAUAUGGUUCAAUUGUGCACUAUUGUGAAAAGGAGCAAAGUAUAGCUGGGGGAUUUUGUUUAAGAGGUUAAGAUCUUUCUGGACAAGGGUUCAUGCCACAGCUUCCUUGAGAGUUGCCCAUCAUUAUUUGUAGGAGCUUAGAUGUAUAAUUGUAACCAAACUCCAGUAUUAAAAGUAUUUCAUGUAAUUUUUCUUUAUUAAAAUAAAAUCUUUGGCAUAUAUUUGAUAACACUGCCAUUAAGAGGCAAAAUGUUUACUACCUUAGAUUUAAAAAAAAAAAAAAUCUUAAACAGAGGACUUGCUUCAAGUUUAUUUUAAUAGCAGUGAUUCAGCUUAUUUAAAAGAUGAAUACUUGCACUAAUUCCCCUGCUGCUCCGGUCCUGCAGUUUAUUGUAUCUUGUGACUACAUUUUUCUCCAAAUAUAGGGUAGAUGUAAGCUGCUAUUUUUUUAAUAAUCACUACUAUAUAGUGUCUUUUACUCUGUUUACAAUAUCAAGUAUUUUUCUUACAAUGACAGAUGUAUAUGGCAAACCUUUUUCUGCUCAUGUGAUUAAAAGUAUACUAAUAGUGAUUUUAUUUGUAAAUGAUAGCAUGAGGUUGUGUUUAUGCGUAUGUGUAGUCGAAAAGGUUGCAUCAUGUCUUGCAUAAGAUUCCAAGAGUGUAAAUUUAUAAAAAGAGAGGUUGUCAAAUUUAUGUCACAGACAUUUUACUUAAGGAAUGGUUUAUAUUACAGAGCUUUGCAAAGUUAUCGGUUUUAUAACACUAUUUCAAUCACAAUUAAUUUUGUGGCUUAUGAUUGUUAGUCUCUAACCUAUUUUUUUAUUCGUUUGGGGUUUUUUUUUCCCCCCUCCAAGUGAAGUAUGAAUUCAUUUAAUUGAGAUAAUGCAGCUUUGACAUUUUAACCGUUGUUCAUUAGGCAUUGAUUUCUGCUAUUUCCAUGAAAUAAACACGACUUGAAGCAAGUCUGAGUUUGGCUAAGGUAGGGUAGCAAUUUGCCAGUGGUAAAGACAAGUCAACAAUACAUUGUUUAUCUACCCCCCAGGAUUAUACUGCUAUCACACACAGCGUUUAAAACCAACACCAAGUCAUAUCCAUAAAGACAGUUAUCCGUGGUGGUUCUGUGCCAGCUAUUUUUAGGGUUUUGGAACAUAUUGCAAAUGUUUAGAGCAAUUACCCUGUGAGUUACAAUAUGUAGGAAACCUAAUAUAUUGAGUGUCUGGCACUUGAAAUAUUGCUUUUAUUGCUGGAGGUCCAUGACUGUGGCUGACCUCUGUCAUUUAAUGAAAAAAAAAUAAAAAUAAAAAAAAAAUUCUGUGCAAUAAUUUUAAACUGUGCUCCCAGGAAUAGACACAAAUGUUUUGAGUAUGUUUAAGCUGCAUUUUUCGUUUAGCAAUGCAUUUGUCAAUUGCACUGAAUUUAAAUCCUGAAAGUCAGAAGUGAUUCUUGAUAGUACUUUUGUAUUUUAAUAUGGACAGUUUAUUCAUUUUCAUAAAAGUUAUUGGAUUAUUCUUUCAGCCAAUCUAAACAAUUGUGGUGGAAUUCCGUGACAUAGCUGCAAAAUCACACAGCCAUGUUUUAGGGUAUUGCCAUUUUCCUCUUUCUCAAUCAUCAGCUGUUUUGGUUGUAAUUGUAAUUGCUUCAGCAUAGCAUCACACACACUCAGAAAUAGAGAACACCAGAGCUUCAGCACGUCCAGGCCGGGGCUGUCAGCUGUGGGUCCGGCAGGAACGCCGGCUCCCUUGGCCCGAGCGCUCCGGGCACGCGGGCAGAGCCCUGCCCCAGCGGGGGCCAGGCCACGUCCCCGAGCCGAGCUCCGGCCGUAGCUGUCCAGCUGUCCUGCCUCGCUGCCCUGGGGCCAGGCCACGUCCCCGAGCCGAGCUCCGGCCGUAGCUGUCCAGCUGUCCUGCCUCGCUGCCCUGGGGCCAGGCCACGUCCCCGAGCCGAGCUCCGGCCGUAGCUGUCCAGCUGUCCUGCCUCGCUGCCCUGGGGCCAGGCCACGUCCCCGAGCCGAGCUCCGGCCGUAGCUGUCCAGCUGUCCUGCCUCGCAUGCCACAGUGCUGCUCCUGCUCCCGCGCUCCGCACGCCCGGAGCCGCCGCGUGCCGGCCGCGCCGCGCGCUGCCAACCACAAACCGGACAAAACCACACAGAACCGUGACGUUCAUUCCUGUCUUGCAUAGCACAGAGGCCUCGUGUUCCCGGCUGGGGUGCACUGUCCAAACUGCUCCUUUCAAAGGGGAAGCCAAAGGGCAGCAAGGCCCUGACUUUGUGUAGCGUGUACGUACAUCCUCAGUCUUACAAUUGGAGUCAUUCCUAUUUUUAUCAGUUCAACGCGGUAACAGGCAAAUAUCCCAACAGAGGAUAAAAGGAAGGGGAAAAGCUGGGCUCAGAAUUAAUGAUGGGAUAAGAAAUGAACUGCUCUUGAGUUCGCUGUCUCUCUGUGCAUCCAUCUCUGAAUCCCGUUUCUCAUUUUUGCAUGACCGGAUCCAGGUUUCUGUAGAGUUCGUCUUUUUCUAUUUUUACUUUACCUUUUUCUGCAUUUUUAAAUUGAUGUAAAGAUUCCCAACCAGUGGACUUUUUAGUGUAGUUAAGAGAAUAUCUAGGUCUUCAUAAAAGCUUUUUUAGACUCUUUGUAAUGUUGGUAAACUGAGUUUAUUCUGGGACUACCAUUGUGCAGGGUUAUUUAGCAUGUCUACUAGAUGAUUGGAAAUCUUAUAUGAAACACUAAAAGUGCCUCUUUUUCUGGGUUGGGUGGAGGGGAGGUAGUAGUUACCAGAGUCAGAACGACAUGGCAUUUCAAAGCAUGUUUCUUGAUUUCGUGACACUUUAAUGCAUCUUGAGAGAAAGGCCAAAGAUUUCUACCGAUUUUAAUUGAUUUUCAUUUUAAAAAGCACUCCUUUUUCCUUACACUGCUUACCUCAUGCUAGGGCGUCUGAUGGGGCGUUGUACCUUGGGCAUGUCCUUUGUGUUUAGGGAGAGCAGUGGGUGCCGCUUUGCCAGCAGAGCGAGCUCAGCAGCUGACGCCUUCAAUUCUGCUGCAGGAAGGAGCUUUGUUACCACUGCAGACUGGGGGCUGCAGCCUGUCCAUGCAAGGUUGUCUGGUUUUGUCUGUUUAGCGCAAGAGGGGAGCCCUGGGACCUGAUUUUUCCAGUAUUUACUUCACCAGAAAUCCCACUGUCUGUCACUUCACGAGGAGCCCGUGCCGGGGUGAGCGCUGGAGGCGCCGGGGCUGUGCCGAACCCCGGUGUGGAUAAAACGAGCCACAUCCCCCUGGAGCCGAGGGUCCCCGCUGUCCCUGGGGUUUUGCCAGAGCAGGGCAUGCCAGAUUUAGCCCAGUUCCUUUUCAUCUGAAGAGCAGGAUAGCGCCUCCCUUCCCAAAGCCCUGUAGAGCCAUUCCCCAGUGGGAUCACUUCCACCCUCUCCAGACGCCUGAAGAAAGCAGAAGCAACAUUGUGGCAUGUUAGAAGCAAACACGGCUUCGGGAGACAGCAGUAAAUCUCCAUCAAGAUCCCUGACAUUUUCCGUAGGGAGAGAGACAUGGAGCAGUCCUCACUUCUCCCUCUAGAGAAAGCUCUGAAAUACCACGAGCUGUGAAAGUGUGACUGUCUUCACUGUCAGUCUGGUGGGAGGCAGACGAAGCAGGAAAAUCUGCCGUUUCGAGUGGAUUGCAGAUUUAGUGUUAAUAGUGCUUCAGAUCAGUAGUUUUGAGUACAUAAUUCGCUUUCUCUGCCUUUAAGUUUGAAGCUUGACAAUAACUUGAGGCAUGUUUUUGUUUUGUUUUGUUUUUUUAUUUUUAAAUAAUCAUUCAUUUUUACUUCAUAAUGUUUUUUGACAUUUGUGGGUAAAUACAAGAAAACAGUCUGCAUGUUGUUGCUAGUCCAGUGUACUUUGCAAUCUUGUCCUCAACAGACUGCAGUGUGCAGAACAGUAAUUCUAGAAUACAGAAGUAAUUUUCUCUCUCUCCUGACAUUGACAUUGUAGUUGUAAUGGUUUCAUUUGGAGUUACAAAUCCUUUGGGUCUAAUUCUGUGAGCCUACCUAUAGCACUGGAUUAAAAUGUCUGCAUCAUUUCUUCAGUUAUCCAGUUAAACUACAACUGUUGUAAAAGUGUAAACCAGCCCAUGACAGUUUUUUGUACUUGUUUAAAGGACUUUUAUUGUUCAGUUUUCAUGAUUAUUGUCUAAAGAAGACUGAUAAUAGAUGUUCUAUACUGUCCUGGACCAUGUUAAUUACACUUUAUGAUGUAUUUUGGUUCUACAUCACAAUGAUUUGUCCCCAAGGCCCUUAUAUCCCUUCUAGGCACAUUUUCUGUUGCAGUUUCCCUUUGCAUUGUAUUGCUUUGACAACUGUAAUUUGAAUCAGAUCUGAAAGAGGUCCAGAAUAAAAUAUAUUUUGAUAUUA